AUUUGAAAGAAUAGAAAAGUAAAAAUUGACAAAAACGACAUCGUGCUUUGGAGAUAGUACGACUAGAGCAAAAGACGGCCCGACGGCAGGGAGAGAGGACUAAGGGGCGGAGCUGAGAGUCUGAGAUGGCGAGAGCACAAGUACUGAACGCGUACAAAGCUUUGCUACGAGCGACGCGGAAGUCCUUCGCCGGAGACGUGACGAUGCUGAACGGCGCGGCGGCGGAGGUCCGCAAGAAGUUCGAAGAGAGCAGGCACGUGACGUCAGACGCGGAGAUCCAGAGUCUCCUGGAACAGGCAGGCGAGGCCUCCCGUUUCGUCAGCGAAAUGAUCGUCCAGGCCAAGCUCAAUUCCCGCGGCGGUUACGAAGUGAAGCCGGAUAAAGAUCAUGCGGGAGCAACACUUGAGGUUCCUUCCGAAGAGCUUCUUCGCACCAAGUCUUGACUUGAGCAAUGGUUUCUGCAAGUUUAUGGCGGCGUGCUUACUGGUUUUUUGAGGGUUCAGGUGCUUUUGGGGGUUUUGUUCCAUUUGAUUGCUACCAAGUUUUCAAGAAUUAAGUGAAGUUGAACCAUUGUUGUUGAACAAUUUUGUUCGUUUUCGAUUAAAUUUGUAACCGGUAUUCUUUGUGCGCA